AUGCCGCCGCAGCAGCGCGCUGCAGCUACGACCAAGGGGUCUGGCAAAAACAAGGCCAAGCCCGAGAAUGCGCAGAGCUCCACUGUAGAGUUCGGACUUCCAGCGACUAUGGUCACGGCUUUACAAUCGAUUUCCUCUCGUGCGACCCAGGACCUCUGGGCUUCUUCCGCAUUUGCUUCCAGCGAGCUUACUGCAGAUCAGAUGGCACAAAGGAGGUCGAAUGCUACUGCCAAGCUAUCGAAGCGUAUUACCGGCAAUAUGAAGGCCCGGAUGGAGUUUGCAGCUUCCCUCUCAGCUUGGAUGGGGCAGCUCAGUCAGCACCUGAUGGGCUUGCUUGGUCGGGUGCGGGCCAUCAGCGCAAAGGUAGACGAAGAUUCGCAGCUUGCCAUCCAGGAGAUGCAAUCCUUCCUGGCAGCCCAACCAUCGGUGGCCACGCAGGAGCAGAUACACCAGGCCCAGCGGAAUAUGGGACCGACUUGGAGCCCACAGCAGGAGCAGGAGAUUAUACGCAUUGCCGCUGCUAUGAAGGCCUUUGGCUCGGUUGCCUUCCCUGUGGCCCCCGCGCCGACGGGUCUUGGUCCGGACGCGCUUCCUGGCAGUUCGCUCGGCCCUUCGGAUAUACACUCCGAAGUGAGCUUUGGUGGUGUGACCAUCGGCUAUCAGGACCCGCCCACUGGGGAAGCGGCCCACCAUCCUACUUUCGUGGCAGCCGCGCCUUCUGGCGCGUUGGAUGCGAUGGCGCCGACUACACCGGCCCGCAGAUGGAAGCGCCAGCAAAAGGAACCGGAGACCCGGCCCUCCAAAAGCCCUCGCCGAGAUGUUUGCCGGGCAAACGAGGCCCCCUGGGCCUCUAUCGCUACAGGUUACACACCAGAGAGCCUGCAGCGCCCUUCGAGGCUUGCAGAUCACGAGGAGGAACUGGUUCCAGACAACACGCACUCCUUGCCCUCGGCUAUGCCCUCAUGGUUUACGGGGUGGUUAUUUACAAUGCGCUUUGCAAUAGAACAAGGGGGGGAAGUUAUCGGCGAGCUCAUUCAGCACCCGGAACAAGACGCUCUUCUUCCCCUCCAGCGCAAUGCGGAUGUAGCCAGUGUCGUCAGAGAGGCAGCGCAAGUCUUGUGGCACCGCCUGCAGCACAUUGUGGGGGCUCAAGACGAGUCAUCGGUGCCAACUAUGCUCGAGCAGAUGAGGAGCUUCCUGCAGCAGUUACGAAUGUGCCCUCAGGUUCUCCCCGAACUGCCUCAAGGUCUUGUGCUGGCUGUGCAGGCUUCUUUGGGCUUUGUUCUGGAUCCUUUCAGUUUUGCGCCCUCCACUGCCCAAGAAUGGCUGUUCCCCAGCCUGUUGCUCGAGCAUGGCGGUCCAUUCUGCGGUUUUGUACCCUUGGAAGCCUCACCCGAGCCACAUGUACAAAUGCUCCUCAGCCUGCCUCCGCCAGGAGUGGUGACAGCCAUGCCUGCCAAUCCGGCCCCAGCCGGUUUUGACGAGGAAUGCCGCCGUGACCCCGGCUAUGCGCUUCCGAGCGGCUUGAUGUCUGCAGUCUGUUGCGGGCCGUCUGCCUUCAAGGUGCCCGUGGUUCCUGUCGACCGCAUUACCCCGCUAGACCCGUUCCAGGUGUCCAGGUGUGGCAACAAGGAUAGCGAAUGGAAUUGUCGCCGGCUGAACGAACCUUUGCCUGCGUUUCCCUCGGAGCAGUAUGUGUGGUCUCCACAAAGCAUGCCUUCUCUGCCCGCGCCUCCGCCUGGCGACUCACUGCCGGCGUCAGCAUCGAUUGAUGACAGGUUUGCCCUCAGUUUGGACAGGACCCCAGGUACCGAGGCUGCAUUCCACGAAGUAGUCGGGGCGAAUGCUGUAAUCCUGGGUGUUAAUGGUCAUGUGUACGCCGAUGUCCCUACGUUCGCCGAUCAUCAGAUCAUUCGCUCCGCAGCAUUGCAAGCAUACCUCCGUCAUGAGCGAGGUCCGCAAGAGGCACUCCACUUUGUGCGUAUUAUGCCGCCUCUUCAGGGCCUCCCUGCCAUCCAGUUUGCUGCAGUUCAAUGCGGGGGCACUGAUUUGCCUGCUGUCGUUGACAUGAGACCCCUAGGGGGGGGCUAG